GCCUUUUCCGGCGCGUUUACAGAGUUACAGGGUUUCUUUAGCCACUGUGCCUCCAUACGCGUUACCAUCAUCGUCCUCUUUCUACAAUCUACACGCAACCUGCACCAUCUGGGUUCUGGGCUUUUUCCAUUCCCCUCAUCAUCUCUCUCCUUCGAAGUCCAAUUGCGAAGCGAAACAUCCAAGUUUUGAAGUUUCAGUCGCUUGAAGAAGGUGAUCUGUGCGCGUGUCCCGUGCUCUUCUCCAUCCAGUUCGAGCUGCCAAAACAAGGCAAAGGAAUGAACCAAAAAUUCAAAUUUUGAAAGAAGGAAGAAAUCAAGGAGGAGAGAAAACCCCGUAAAUCUGCUUCUUCCAAUUUCAAUGGAGGUUAAUUUAUGGAACGACAAGCGCGAGCGGGAGAUGUAUGACAACUUCGCAGACCUAUACGCCAUCAUCAAGGUCACUGAGAAGCUUGAAAAAGCCUAUGUUCGAGACAUCAUUUCAUCUGCCGAGUACGAGCCUGAGUGCCUGAAACUUAUUGCCCAAUUCAAGACCUUGACUUCCACACUCAAGGACACCGUCCCCAGCGUUGAGCGCUUCGUCGACACCUACAAGAUGGAUUGCCCCGCCGCCCUCAACCGCCUCAUUGUCUCUGGAGUCCCUGCCACCGUUGAACACCGGGCUGCUGCCGCUGCAUCUACUACUACAUCGGCGGCCAUUGUCGCCGAGUGUGUGCAAAAUUUCAUCACCGCAAUGGAUUCGCUGAAGCUUAACAUGGUUGCUGUGGACCAGGUUUACCCCUUGCUUUCUGACCUCUCUGCCUCUCUUAACAAGCUCAGUUUAUUGCCCCCUGACUUCGAGGGAAGGGUGAAGAUGAAAGAGUGGAUUGCCAGGCUGUCCAAGAUGGGAGCUUCCGAUGAACUGACAGAGCAGCAGUCGAGGCAGUUACACUUUGACCUAGAGUCUUCCUAUAACUCCUUCAUGGUUGCCUUGCCUAAUGCUGGAUCCUGAUUGUUUCGCAUAAGCUAAGCUUGAAAGUAUUUUUGUUGCAGAUUGGCUGUCACAUAUAACUACUGAAGUUGGAAGACUUUUACAGUUGGAUGCACAUUCAGGGGGCAGUCCCAGGCCACGGUUGAUCUGGCAGAUGUAAUCAUGUAAUUGAUUGUCAGCCUUUUAUUAUUUUGGUUGGUUUGGUGUCUAAUGGCAAGCUAUCCUUUGUUGCAUCUUUUGAUGGUCCUCUUUGGAUCUUUGUAGUUUUCUUGUUACAAAAGUGAACUCUACAUUUAUUGCUUAUUUUGCAAA